UUUGUUCACCACCCACAAUCAGAAUGGACUGAAAUUUGUGUUCAGUUAAACAAAAAUCAAAAAUAAAAAGUCGUUUUUCAGUUUUGUUUGCCAUUUUCUCUUCGGUAGUGAAAUAUCGUGUGUGCAGUGUAUAUAGUGUUUUCAAAAUAAGUUUGAAGUACCUCAUCACUUGUAAUUUUUAGUAGCAAUGCAAUGCAAAUUAAACAAACUCAAUGGCACACGUCUGAGAGGUACAUAAGAAAUGCUAUAAGGAAAAUUCGGAAACAUAUGGCUCUUAGAUUUGGCAUUCUGACUGUGAGCACCACCUGCUUUAUGAAAGUCAAAGAAGAUGUAGCCGGUCCAAAAUUGGAAGCCGAAAUCUCGGAAACAUUUCCAGAUUCGAAAGUCACGUUCAAACGUAUAGUCAGCGAUGACGAACAAAGCAUCGCGGAGGAACUUAAAAAUGUCAGCGAUGCUGACCUUUGCGACGUCAUAUUUACUGUGGGCGGGACCGGAUUCGCGCCAAGCGAUGUAACUCCCGAAGCUACGAGGGCUGUCAUCGACAAAGAAGCUCUGGGAUUAGAGUUGGCGUUGAUUUCGCGUAGUCUGGCUAUGACAGAAAUGGCGAUGUUAUCCAGGCUUGCCUGCGGAAUUAGAAAGAAAACGAUAAUAUUAAAUUUCCCCGGGAGCACGAAAGCUGCAAUUGAAUGUUUUGGGUUCAUUAAAAGUUCCCUUGUACACGCCGUCGAAUUGGUUAGGCAGAGAAACGAGCGUGUCGCCGACACUCAUAGAGCGAUUCAACAAAAUAAUGAGUUUACAGAAAGUAAGGUAAAAAUACAAGUCGGUGCACUGAGGCAUAGAAAAUCCCCAUAUGAUAUGAUUUCCGUACAAGUUGCUCAGGACAUCAUCUUUGGCAAGAUGAAAUUUUGCGAGAAUGCAGAAACUGAGGUUGUUUCUGUAACCCAAGCUCUCGAAAGGGUUCUUGCUGAAGAUAUUAGCGCCAUCGAUCCCAUUCCACCUUUUCCUGCAUCUAUCAAAGACGGGUACGCGGUUAUAACUUCGGAUGGUGUCGGACAGAGGGCAGUGAAAGCUGCGAUGGCCGCUGGAGACGAACCUGCCAAAUCAGUGUUGCAUAGCGGAGAAGUUAUAAGAAUAUCGACGGGAGCCGCAGUGCCAGCAGGUGCCGACGCUGUCGUGCAAAUCGAAGAUACGACACUUAUUGCGGCUUCUGAAAAUGGCAGUGAGGAAAAAAUCAUCAAAAUUAAUGUAGCGCCAACGGUGGGGCAGGAUAUUAGACCGAUUGGGAGUGAUAUUCAUGCUGGCACUUUGGUAUUAAAGAAAUACAACAGAAUUACUGCCGCGUACGUAGGCGUUUUAGCCACCUUGGGUUUCACCAAAGUCAGGGUUAUCAAACGUCCAACCAUCGGAAUAAUUUCCACAGGAAACGAACUUAGGAAUGCAGGAGAGACUUUAAAACCCGGAGAAAUCCGGGACAGCAACAAAGUAACGCUUUUAACCUUAUUAAAGAGUUUCGGUUACGAUGCAGGCGACUGUGGAAUCGCAAGGGACCACCCGAACGCUGUGAAGGCAACUGUAGAAGCGGCGCUGAUCCAGAACGAUAUCAUCAUAUCAACUGGUGGAGUGUCAAUGGGUGAAUACGAUUUGCUCAAACAAGUCCUGAUUGAAGAUUUCCACGCCACCAUCGAGUUUGCCCGCGUAAACAUGAAACCUGGUAAACCGACUGUUUUCGCCACCCUGACCCACCAAGGAAAGAAGAAAUAUGUAUUUGGACUUCCAGGCAAUCCGGUGUCCUGUUGCGUUACGAGCUUGCUGUUUGUUAUUCCAGCUUUGAAACGCAUUGAACUGGACGCGUCCUUUAAAUUUUGGCCCCUACUUCCCGUAAAAUUGGAAAACCGGAUUGUUAAUAAUGAUAUCAGACCUGAGUAUGUACGGGUAAAUAUAUUUCAAAAUACGUCCCUGGAAUUUCGCGCCGUUUCGACCGGCAAUCAAAUAAGCAGUCGCCUUAAUAGCAUGGUGGAUGCUAACGGACUGUUAUUGGUACCAGGAAAAACUACAUGGGAAGCGGGAUCUGUUCGGGCUGUUCACCUGUUUGGUCAGUUGCAUACAUGAAUCGGUCGAAUAAAUCGCUUCAUUCAUUUGCUUUGAUUGUCAAUUUGUUCUCUUCAUUAAUAUAAAGUGGUUUUAUCUUCUAGCAGUUGUUUAUUGACAAACAGGAACAUAGCAACCUCCGAAUUGUGUACGAAGUAGCUGGACCCAAUGAUGCUAAUUUUUUUUUGCAAGCCAAAUUUAUGUACGAACCAACUGGUUAGUUACCAACGUUAACUUUAAAUUUUCUGCAACUAACAUCCCUCUUUGUCUUAAUUUCUUUUGCUAUUAUAGUGUGAUAUUUUUUACAGCAUUUAUCGAUCAAACUAAUUUACUUUCGCCCUUUAACGUUGUUGAGCAAUUAAAGUGUUAUAGCCAAAGUCGGGUCAUCACCUGUCUAUUUUCUGUUCUCUCUCGGCUAUUUUCAGGGCAGUUCACCAAGAUUCUGCCAGAUUAAAAAUGCACGAACCGUUAAACCGGCUCGAACUAAAUAGGAUUAGCAUUCGAAGUCGAAA